UCUGUGUCCUCUCGUGCAGGCUUCUUGAGUACAGGUGACCAAGCAGCCAAGGGGAAUUACGGUUUGCUGGACCAGAUCCAGGCUCUGCGUUGGACCAGUGAAAACAUUGCAGCCUUCGGCGGCGACCCGUUACGUAUCACCGUGUUUGGCUCUGGCGCCGGAGCUUCCUGUGUCAACCUGCUCACUCUCUCUCACUACUCCGAGGGAAACCGCUGGAGCAACUCCACUAAAGGACUGUUCCAGAGGGCCAUCGCCAUGAGUGGCACGGCUCUGUCCAGCUGGGCGGUCAGCUUUCAGCCAGCCAAGUACGCCCGGAUGCUGGCCCGUAAGGUGGGCUGUAACCUGGAGGACACUGUGGAGCUUGUGAGCUGCCUGCAGAGAAAACAUUACAAAGAGCUGGUGGAUCAAGACAUCCAGCCGGCUCGCUACCACAUCGCCUUUGGACCUGUCAUUGAUGGAGAUGUUAUACCUGAUGACCCGCAGAUACUCAUGGAGCAAGGUGAGUUCCUGAACUAUGAUAUUAUGCUGGGAGUGAACCAGGGCGAGGGCCUUAAGUUCGUGGAGCUUAUCGUGGACAACGAAAACGGCGUUCAGGCAAACGACUUUGACUACGCCGUGUCCAGUUUUGUGGAUGACCUCUAUGGCUACCCAGAGGGUAAAGACAUCCUCAGAGAGACCAUCAAGUUCAUGUAUACAGACUGGGCCGACAGGCACAACCCAGAGACCCGCAGGAAAACACUGCUGGCCCUUUUCACCGACCACCAGUGGGUCGCGCCAGCUGUUGCCACAGCUGACCUGCACUCCAGCUUUGGAUCACCAACAUACUUCUAUGCCUUCUACCACCACUGUCAGACAGAACAG